ACCCUUUUUUGCCCCCCCAGCAAUGGCACAUCUGAAUCAAAUCAACCUGUGCAUUAGAGGCAGGUUAGUGGAUUAUUAGUGAUUAAUUAUGAUUAAAAAAACGUAUUGACAAACUACAUAGGAAUGUCUGUCUGCUAUAUUAUAAAUCGAUGCAUUUAUUGACUUUUUAAAAAUGAAUUGGGAAAAUCGAAUUGCGCGCCAAGAACUUCCGGGAACUAUCUUAAGUCUACUUGAGUCACGUGACGUGCAAGCAUUUCCGGACUUCCGUCGUCGCUACUCUCCGUCUCCACGGCUCUGGGUCUUUCCCAUUGUGCCUACAACGGGACUGGCAACUUUGCUGCAGCGACACACACCGUUCCUAUCAUGGAGUCACAGGUGAUGACCAACCCCGAGGAAGUCGCCAGGCUCUACAGAGAACUCAGCCUCUUCCCUUCCCUGAACAGAGCGGACGUGGGACCCGUCAUCACCUCCCAGUACGGAGGCAAAUACAGCAACAUCUACACAGAAUGGAGCCAGCGUGACCUGGGGAGGAACGACAAUGUCAAGUUUUGCCGACAGUACAUUGUCUUCCACGAUGAGAAGUCCGUGGUCUUCGCCGGGACCUCAGGAAACUGCACCGAGAUCAAAGGAGAGCUGAUAAGUAAGGAUUCCCCUUCGGGUGACAUGAAGGCCGUUGUCAGGGAGUGUUCAGUCAAAGGGGAGGACAAGCAGUUUCUGGAGAUCUGGAGUAAAAACAUUAAGAUGAAGAGCGUCGAUCUAACGGCUUUAAAGAAGCACGGCAAAGUGUAUGAAGAUGAGCAGUUUGGCUGCUUGGUUUGGUCCCACUCUGAGACCCACCUCUUGUACGUGGCAGAGAGAAAAAGACCAAAGGCAGAAUCCUUCUUUCAGACUGAGUCACCGGAGCUGUCUUCUAUUGGGGACGAGGAGGAGACCAUGAGAGUGGAGAAAAAGGAGGCUCUAAAAGGGGAGCAAUUUGUCUUCCGUGAGGACUGGGGAGAGGCACUGGUUAGUAAGAACUGUCCAGUGCUCUGUGUUCUGGACAUCGAGGGCGACAACGUCUCUGUGCUGGAAGGUGUGCCUGAAAGUAUCUCUCCUGGACAGGCAUUUUGGGCUCCAGGUGACACAGGUGUGGUGUUUGUAGGCUGGUGGCAUGAGCCUUUCAGACUUGGCCUCAAGUACUGCCCCAACAGGAGGUCGUCUUUAUUCUAUGUGGAUCUUACUGGUGGGAAAUGUGAGCAGCUGUCAUCAGGCACCAGUGCAGUCUGGUCCCCCAGGCUGAGUCCAGACCAGUGUCGAAUAGUCUACUUGGAAUGUUCCGUCUAUGGGCCACACAUGCAGUGCAGUAGGCUCUGUAUGUAUGACUGGUAUACCAAGAAAACCUCAGUGGUGGUGGAUGUGGUGCAGCGACCUGGAGAAGGUGGCUUCACUGGUAUCUACAGCUCUCAGUUGUCCCCUCAAUGCUGGUCAGCUGACAGUCAGCGCAUUAUUGUCGCUUGUCCUCAGCGCAGCCGCAAGGAUCUAUUGAUGGUGGAUAUUGGUACUGGGAGUGUCACCUCUCUGACUUCAAAGUGUGAUGCUGGGAGCUGGUGUCUGCUGAACAUCGUGAGAGAUCUGAUGGUCGUCAGCUGCUCUUCUCCUAACUCCCCUCCAAGUCUGAGGGUUGGUUUCCUUCCGGCCAGGGAUUCUCAGGAGGAAGUGGGGUGGGUUACUUUGGAAGACUCUCAGGUGUUGCCAGAUAUUCAAUGCCAGAUCUUGACUUUCAACCCUCCCCCAGAGGAAGAUAACAGUCAAUACCCUGGCCUUGAUUUUGAAGCUUUGUUGGUCAAACCAAAGGAGGUGAAGGAUGGAGUGAAGUUGCCUCUCAUUGUCAUUCCUCAUGGGGGUCCACAUUCAGUGAUUGUUGCUGAGUGGCGUCUGUCCUCGUCUGUGCUGUGCCGGAUGGGCUUUGCUAUAUUACUGGUGAACUAUCGUGGCUCUCUUGGAUAUGGCCAAGACAACAUCCUCUCACUAUGUGGCAAUGUUGGCAACCAGGACGUCAAAGAUGUUCAAUUUGCCGUUGAAAGUGUUCUGAAACGUGGCAACUUUGACACGCAGAAGGUGGCAGUGUCAGGAGGCUCCCAUGGUGGUUUCCUGGCCUGCCAUCUGAUUGGCCAGUACCCAGGAUUCUACAAGGCCUGCGUGGCUUGCAACCCUGUCAUCAACUUGGCCUCGAUGAUUGGCAGCACUGACAUACCAGACUGGUGCAUGUCUGUGAUCGGCAACAACUACAACAUGGACUGUUUACCCGACCCAACUGUUUGGGAACAGAUGCUGAGCAAGUCCCCCAUUAAACAUGUUGCACAGGUACAGACACCUGUUCUACUUGUCUUAGGGGAAGAUGACAAGCGUGUACCUAACAAGCAGGGAAUUGAAUACUACAGAGCACUGAAAGCAAAGCAGUUUCCAGUCCGGUUAUUGUGGUACCCAGGGAAUAACCACGCUCUCUCCAAGGUGGAUGCUGAGUCUGAUGGCUUUAUGAACACCACUCUGUGGAUUAUUCAACACUUGACCCAGUGAUCAUAAAUAUAAUGCAAAUACAUGGUAGCGUGCUAAUGCUGCUGUUGCUGAAAAGAUGGUAAGGCACUGCUGUAUGUAAAGGAUAUUAUGCAUUUGCUUGAAGACGGUGUGAGGUCCAAUCCAAAGCCAAAGCUCUUAAUAUGCUGUCAAACCCGAACACACUUAAUGUGUCUGUACUUUACUUGUAAUCUAUCUGGGGCUAUGGUCAUUGCCACAACACAAUUACUUUCUUAAUGGGGAAAUAAUAGUUUUAACUCAGUACAUGAAUACUAGCAGUUAUUGGCACUUUUGAUUCUGCAAUUUUUAUUGACACUGUUUUUCUACAGUCAGGGCUUCAGUGUUCGAGGUUCCAAUUUAAUAAUCCGGUUGUUCUCUGCUUAUCAAAAAUCACUUGGUCUCCCUGUAUUUCAUGAAUCAGUGCACUUAAUAAAGUGAUGUGAAAAUAA